UAGCUAUUCUACGUGGCAAUUAGUGUUUUUCGGGGUGCCUAAAUAAGUUACACAUGUACGUUUCUAAUUGGUUAGUCUACGUGGAAUGACAUCGCAACCCCUGUAACACAUCAACCCUUCCAAAAACGCAGAACCCUUCUUCGAAUCCUCGAAAUCGUCCCACGUAUUGGAUUCGAAGCUACAUACAGUCCUCCGACCAUGAAGAUAUUGAAAAUGGUGUCAGCCAUGGAUCUGGUAGCAUGGAGAGGCUUCGUAUACACUAUAUUCAUACUCCACUUCGUCUUCGCUUGCCAACUCCUUCUGCUCCAACCCCUCGUUUCUGCCCUAGAUGGAAAAUCUGGUGAUACAGCUGAAUUGUUUGAGAGAGUUUCACAUAGUAUCAAAGUUAAACAUUAUAGUGAGGCAAUCAACGAUCUUAACACUGCCAUAGAAGCUGAUCCUUCACUUUCAGAAGCAUACUGGCGUAGGGCUUCUGUUCUUCGUCAGUUGUGCAGAUAUGAGGAAUCCGAGAAGAGCUACAAGAAGUUUCUUGAAAUGAAACCUGGAAAUUCUGCUGUUGAAAAGGAGCUUUCACAAAUGCAUCAAGCACAAAGCGCUUUAGAUACAGCCAACAACCUCUUUGAUUCAGGCGAUUAUACAAAAGCUUUGGAUUUCAUUGAUAAAGUUGUUCUUAUUUUUUCUCCAGCAUGCUCACAGGCUAAAUUACUAAAGGUGAAGUUAUUACUAGCUGCUAAGGACUAUGCAGGGGUAAUUUCGGAAGCAGGAUAUAUACUUAAAGAGGAUGAGGAUAAUCUACAGGCAUUACUCCUCCGUGGUCGCGCCUAUUAUUAUUUAGCUGAUCAUGAUGUAGCUACAAGGCAUUACCAGAAAGGGCUUCGUCUAGAUCCAGAGCAUAGUGAAUUAAAAAAAGCAUAUUUUGGGUUAAAGAAUUUACUUAAAAAGACCAAAAGUGCAGAAGAGAAUGAAAAGAAGGGUAAGCUGCGUGUAGCUGUGGAAGAUUACAAAUCUGCCCUUGCAUUAGACCCUGACCACGUGGCACAUAAUCUGCAUCUUCAUUUUGGGCUGUGUAAGCUUUUGGUAAGGCUUGGUAGAGGAAAAGACGCCCUAAAUGCUUGCACAGAAGUUUUAACCAUUGAUGAAGAACAUGUUGAAGCUUUGGUUCAGAGGGGUGAAGCUAAAUUAUUGACAGAAGAUUGGGAAGGAGCUGUUGCAGAUAUAAAAUCCGCUGCAGAAAAAUCUCCUCAGGAUAUGAGCAUUCGAGAGGCACUCAUGAAGGCUGAAAAGGCUUUGAAAUUAAGUCAACGAAAGGAUUGGUAUAAAAUUUUGGGUGUUUCAAAGACUUCAUCAAUAUCAGAAAUAAAACGAGCUUAUAAAAAAUUAGCAUUACAAUGGCAUCCGGAUAAAAAUGUUGACAAUAGAGAAGAAGCAGAGAAUAAAUUCAGAGAAAUAGCGGCUGCAUACGAGGUUCUUGGCGAUGAUGACAAGCGUGCAAAAUAUGAUAACGGUGAAGAUAUUGACGAGGGUAUGGGUGGCGGCGGCGGUGGCGGUUUUAACCCUUUUGGUGCAGGCGGUUUUGGUGGCGGCGGCGGUGGUGGUGGUUACACAUUUCAUUUCGAAGGUGGUUUUCCUGGCGGCGGUUUUGGUGGUUUUCACAUGUGAUUUUUUUUACGGGUUUUGUACUAACUUAAGCCGAGUUAAUAGCAAAAGAUUUUCAUAGGAAAUUGAGUUCAAAUUAUGAUAUGAUUUCUUAUUUCUUUUGUUAAAAUCUGCAAUCAGUGAUACAAAAUUUUAAGUUCUUGAAAGACUGUUUAUAUUGUUUUUAUUCCAUAUACACAUUAUGACAAACUUUGCUUUUACAAUCAAAAGCUUAUUAUGGUCUAGGGUGUUGACUAGACUCGCCAGUUUGACCGGAUACUGUAGGCUGCUCUGGCUGUGUUGUCUCCGGUGAACCACCUUGUUGUGGCGGCUCUUCUGGUGGCGGAGGUUGGUUUGACCAGUCAUGCCACCUUCCCCGCCAUUUCAAGAACUCGUAAAUAAUUGAAGUCCCGCACAUUGCACCACCAAAUCCAGCAAAUGUAGCAAGCAAAACCGAUAGAACACCAGUCACAUUGAGCUGUUGAUAUUUGCAAAUAUUAUAUAGUUAAAAU